AUGUGGGCGCCAUUUGCUGGCUUUCUUCUGCAGUACCUGUUCGGUAGCUGGCUCGUCUCCUCAUUAGGGACCAUGGAGGAGUUGCUCCCGUUUACAGACAUCUUGCCCACUGCAACGCUUGCGUGGGCCAUUUGUCAUUUGGAAUGCCUGAGAUUCCUUCGCCUGCUCCUGGGCGUACAGCGCCACACCCCUGGAGAAGUGGAUGGGGAGCAGGCUCACGAGGAUUGA